AUGGCAUUCCACGUUACCGGUUUUGGGACAUCUGCAAUUUUUUUUCGCCACUGUCGAGAAAAUAGACAAAAACCUGCUGGCAGACGCUGGAAGGAAGUCUGCCUAAAAUUGAACAGAGAACUGGUAGAAACACGCACAGAACUUUUGGCCUGGGAAAUUUAG